UCCACGAGCUUAGCCACCGGCAUUUACCGGAGAUUGUGGUCUCGUUACAAGCUUCCAUUCGGUCAUCUGGGUGUUUACUUGAACUGACUUGCGCAAGUCAGAGUCAGAAACAAUGUCUCUCCUUCGUGUUUGCGGUACGACCCUCAAGAGGCCAGCAGCGGCUGUGUCACACGCUUGCGCUCGUAGUUUUGCCUCCGACACACCUGCCCAACCAGUCCAAGCUCGGGAACCCGCGGAGAAGGAAAGUCAACAAAUAUCACAACCGAUUCAUGGUGAAGUGUUCACAGCUGAUGUCGUGAGUGGCGCGCCUGGCGAACUGCGUCACCGCGCGGUGCGCAUCUUCCAGUCUACGCGCAACACCAUGCAGUCCGGUCCUGCAAAGUCAGAACGAUGGCGUAUUGAUUGGGACAUCCUUCAGGGUGGCGGUCGCUGGGAAAACCCGUUGAUGGGCUACGCCAGUUCCGCGGAUUAUAUGCAGGGGACACGGCUAUCAUUCUCAACCAAGGAAGCAGCUAUACAUUUUGCGGAGAAGCAAGGUUGGGAUUACUACAUUCAACCCUCGACCGUCAAGAGAAUUCCUCCCAAGAACUAUGCGGAGAACUUUGUCUAUAAACCACAUAAGUUGCGGAUAGUACGCACGAAGUAGAAUGCUUUAGAUACUUUCCGCAGGUUCACUAGAUGAUUAGGUAACUCGGUUCGCUUUUGUAUUGGUUCGUCUGGUUCGUUCGAUCCGGUAUGAACUGGUUUGUGUACCCGGUGUGUUCGGCGAAUCAAAAGAGG